CCCCUUAUUCUGUCCGUAGGCGUCAAGAAAGCAGAGGAAAUGAGCCUGGAAGACCCACCAGUCACCGCCGCCGCCCCGGGCACGUUGGACUCUCCUUUGGUCUACAGACACAUCCUUCCUCCGCCAAAAUUUGAGGACGUGAAGUUUGCUCGAAAAUUCUCGCUUCCCAUUCCAGUCUCAGAUCAUAAGGAAUUCUUCGGCCUACCUGCUGGGUUACCGCCGCACUACAGAAUCUCGGAACAGAUGAAUGCCACAGAAAUCAACAUGCAAGCGCUUGUAUCCCUUGUGAAGAUUGCAACCACGAUAACAUUCAGAUGCAACAAAAUCUUGAAGCAAGGGGGAAGGACUUGCCAGAGAGUUCCUGAUGGGGACAAAAAGUUCUGCGCCGACGAGAGCGUGGCGCCCCCUACCCGACCGUGCAUUGUGUAUUCGUUCGGCGUCGGCAACGACUUCAGUUUCGACAAAGCCAUGGGAGGUUACGGGUGUGAUGUGUUCGCCUUCGAUGACGAUAUGUACCAUGAUAUAUACGAGAGAAAUCCAUUCCCCAGGGUUCACUUCGCCCACAUUCGCCUGGGAAAGAAUCUCCUCGUCGACACGGAGAUCAACAAAAUCGAGAACAGCACCUUCGAGUUCCUGUAUCGUCCUCUGGAUAACAUCAUGUUCAUUCUCCAUCACCAAGAGUCCAAUGUCGAUUUUCUAAAGCUGGACGUCGAGGGGAGCGAGUGGGAAAUUUUCGGAGAGUCCAUCUUUAAGAAUAUAAACGUUGACAUGUAG